AUGCCAACCAAGGAGCGGAGCUCUGACGUUCAUGCAAAACCAAGCAUAAAAGGGUCUGACGUUCAUGCGAACCCGGCGCAAGCAACAACUCUGGCGAUCAUAGUGAACCCGGCGAAAGCAACAACUCCGACAUUCACGCAAAACCCGACGCAGGCAAGAAGGAACAAGGACUUGACCCCGACAGCUCAUUCACCUAUGCGAUCAAGGCAUCGUUCGAUGCCAAGGUGCGAGGAUCACAAGUGCCGGCUUGUGUGUUCGCGACAUCCCAGCCAAGCAGAAACCGCGAACAACGGAGGAAGCCAAACUCAACAAUUCCCUUCUGUUAGGUACGCAACACCGGCCCCGGAUCCGUCCAUCGAGGAAAUAAAUGCCCGUGAAAGAAACCGAGGCGGAUAG